AGUUCUUGAAAAUUCGCCCUUCGUACAGCCACCACGUGAAUCCCAAAAGAGGAUAAUGGCACUUGAGCCUACGCGUGCCACGGGUCAGCUCGUCUCAACCAUGUCUGCCACUUUCCACCACCAUCCUGCGAUUCUGCUCCGUCACUGCGCACGCCAGCCCCAGCCAGCCCCUUCCAGGACCGCCGACUUCCUCCUCAGGAUCACGAGUCACGAAGCCAAUCAAGUCAGGCCAGUCCCAGUCCAGCGCGCCAACAUGCGCUCUGCAACGUUUACACGCCGCCGCCUCCCGUACCUCCAUCACACCGUCAACCAGGGGGUGAUCUUGUUCAACAGGAGUGAUGCUCCUUUGCUUAUAGAUAGUCGUCACAUCACGGUAACGGAGGGCGAAUUUGAGGCAACUGCCGCCUUCCCCACCCAUCAACGUGCCGCCGCCCCACCCCAACGCCACCGGGCCGACUCGCUCAACGUCUGCGAUCUCGUCUAUUGCGAGGCUAGGACUCAGCCACCAGCGGCUUCUUUGUGACCAUCGCCUGUACUGAUGUGAUGGUCAUCUUUGACGCGUCGUGUUGUUGAUGCCGCUGGCCUGGGAUGAGAAUACAAGAGAAUACAUAUAUUAUAUUAGCUUAUCACGAGUUCGCAG